AUGGACAUUCCUUUCCUAUCCAAGGCAACCUUUCGCAAGCAUGAGCUUAAAAUUCAUCAAGCUGCCUCUGAAGCUGCUGAAGAGAGCAUGAUAAGUGCUGCGAAGGAAAUUAAAAAUAUGAAAGGCAGUAAAAAAGCUCGUGUUGAUUGUGGGGUGUCAAUAGAUGGUACAUGGCAAAAGAGAGGUUAUUCCUCUUUGAAUGGCUGUGUGACUUGCAUAUCUAUCGACACCGGAAAAAUUUUGGAUAUUGAGGCUCUGACGCUAUAUUGUAGACACUGCUCUCAAGGGAAAACCAGUGACAUUUCACACGAAUGCAGAAAUCACACUGGAUCUUCAUCCAGCAUGGAAACUAUUGGUGUGUAUAGAAUAUUCGAACGCUCGAUAGCAUCCAGAAACUUGCGUUACUCUCAAUAUUAUGGCGACGGAGAUUCGAAAGCUUUUGAUAGUGUGAAGAACAUAUACAAGAAAACCUCCGUUGAAAAACUCGAAUGUAUAGGCCACAUUCAAAAGAGGGUCGGAAGUAGACUUAGAAAACUAAAGAAGAACACAAAAGGUCUCGGGGGCAAGGGCAAACUAACGGAUCGCUUUAUCGAUAGGUUACAAAACUACUAUGGUAUUGCGAUCCGUAGUAACGUUGGAAAUUUAGCAGCGAUGCAACAAGCUGUGUUUGCUGCCUUUUAUCACUGUUGCUCGGGCACAAAACGUUCAAUGCAUGGCCAAUGUCCCGACGGCAAGGAGAGCUGGUGUCGAAUUAAAAAGGCUGAAGCUUUAGGCAAACCAGUAAAAGAAAAAUCUGUAGGACUUUCGCAAAGUAUCAUAAAUACCAUUAAACCAACGUUCAUGAAACUAUGUGAUCAAGAACUUCUCAAGAAAUGUCUUCAUGGGAAAACCCAAAACGCAAACGAAUCUCUCAAUGGCGUUUUAUGGAAUUUGUUACCGAAAGAACAUUUUGUGGAACAGAAAACUUUACAGUUGGGGGCUUCUUUAGCUACACUGCAGUUCAACGAUGGAGCUAAAGGGCUUAUUUCAGUGUUUUCAAAAUUGAAAAUUACACCAGGAGCAUACGCCUUAACGGCUUUGGAGCAGUCGGACAAAGAGAGGGUAAACGACUCAAUCAGGCAUUCUUUGCCCACAGCAAAAGGACUACGAAAAAAAUUGAGGGCAUCAAGAAAGAACAAACUAAUGAAAAUAGAAGAAGAAGAGGGUGUAACUUAUCAACUUGGGUCAUUUUGA